AUGGAAAAUAAACAAAGUGUUGAGCAUGAUCACUUAAAAAAUGUUAUCAGAAGAAAAAGGCAAUUUGAUGCUAGACAACAUAGAAAGCGUGUGCUUGGAGCUAAGAGAGCCAAGAGAUUGGCGGCAAUGAACAAAGAAAAUGCAGAUCAAACUCAACCUCCUACUGAUACUAUAUCUUCACAUAUCAGAUUUCCACUAGCUUCUAUUUCUCCAAAUAUUCCAAGUUCCAGCAUAAUUGAUCGAAAUACAAAGCAGAAAACUCAUAGUAUAUCAACUUUGAAUACAUUGCCAAGUUCAUUAACAAAAAAAAAACGCCCAAGAGUUGUCUCUGUAAGGAACAUUAACAAUUUUGGAGUUAACCUGGGAAGGAGAUUUGAUAAUGAGUUUAUGCGCGGUGCGACAGCAUCUUCAAGCCAUACACCAAAUCCAGAUUCCAAUAUCAACGAACUUUUCCAAGAUGACAGUGAAGGUGAUGCAGGUUCCGGUAAUUCUUCAGAUACCUGUAGUUCAGCUUCUAACUAUUCAAUGGAUGAGCAUGACGUAAGUUUCGACACUGACAUUGAAGAAAUAGAUGUUCACAGUUCAGGAGAAUACUACGAUUUAGGUGACCCAUCAUUUGAGUGUCAACAAUGUGGUGCAAAUAUGUGGUAUCUGGAGAGGAAGAACACGUGUCGACAUUCUGCUAAUCCUGAAUUCUCAAUAUGUUGUGGAGGAGGAAAGGUUCAAAUACCUUUGUUGAGAGAACCACCACCCGUAUUGCAGAGCCUGUUGUUCGACCAAAACAAAAGUGAAUCAAAACUAUUUCAACAACAAAUUCGUCUUUACAAUAUGAUGUUCGCAUUUACUUCUCCAGGUGCUAAAAUGGACAACAGAUUUAACAAUGGUAGAGGUUCUCCUAACUAUCGUAUUCAAGGUCAAUCAUGUCAUCGUAUAGGUAGCAUGUUACCAUUGCCAGGUGAAAAGGCCCGUUUUGCCCAACUCUAUAUAUUCGAUACUGAACAUGAAGUUCAGAAUAGAAUUGAUGGUUUCAGAUCAAGGAGCGGAGUAGAUAGUAAUAUAGUGGAAAAUUUGUCUUCAAUGUUAUAUGAACAUAAUGUUCAUGCUCAGUCUUUUAAGAUGGAAAGGGAUAGACUUUCUGAAGGCAAUGUGGCAGAUCUAAAACUCUGUCUCAUUUCUGAGCGCCAAACUGAUGGAAGAAUAUAUAAUCAACCAACAGUUUCAGAAGUUGUUGCUCUCAUUGUUGGUGAUGUUGAUACUGCAGAAAAAAGGGAUAUUAUAAUGCAAAAACAAUGUGGCCAACUUCAGAGAAUAGAUGAAUAUCAUACGUCUUAUUUGGGAUUUCAAUAUCCUUUACUUUUCCCUUACGGUGAAGAUGGUUACAGACCAAACAUACGGCAUCGCAAUAAAGGUUCUAACACGGUUCGUAAUGCAGAGACAACGGCUACGGUAUCGGAAAUUGAGGAUGUUCCAUGGGAGGAAGCAACAAAAAGAAACAGAAUUACAAUCAGAGAGUGGUUCGCCUUUAGGAUUCAGUCAAGAAAAAACCAGGCACAGACAAUUCUCAGGUCAAGGAGAUUGUUCCAGCAGUUUUUGGUUGAUGGUUUUACAAUGAUGGAAUGUGAGAGACUUCGAUGGUUAAGAAAAAAUCAGUCAAAACUUCGAGUAGGCAAGUAUGAUCAUCUUGCAGAUGCUAGGACAAAUGGACAUACACGUGGUGCAGCUACAGGGAAAAGAGUUGCCCUACCUUCGUCGUAUGUUGGAAGCCGUAGAUUUAUGGAUCAGUUAUACUUUGAUGGCAUGGAAAUUUGUAGUUAUGUUGGAUUUCCUGAUUUGUUUAUUACAUUCACAUGUAAUCCCAAUUGGACGGAAAUACAACGUGUACUAAGUUCUGCAAAUCUGAAAGCGUCCGAUCGUCCGGAUCUCAUUACAAGAAUCUUAAAAUUGAAAUUUGAUGCGCUACUGUCCGAUUUGACCAAAAAGAGUAUCAUGGGGAAGGUUCUUGCGUAUAUGUACACAAUUGAGUUCCAAAAAAGAGGUCUGCCCCAUGCGCACAUAUUAAUUUUCCUUCAUCCGUCGAGCAAGUAUCCAACACCUGCUGACAUUGAUCGUAUCAUAUCAGCAGAAAUACCAAACAAAGACACUGACGAAGAGUUAUAUAACUUGGUCAAAUCUCACAUGAUACACGGACCUUUCGGAAAUGCUUUUCGUAAUACUACGUGUAUGAAGGAAGGAAAAUGUUCUAAGUACUUCCCCAAAGAAUUCAGACGUGAUACAAUCGUUGAUCAAGAUGGAUAUCCGGUUUAUAGACGAAGGGACAACCUACACACAUUUUCUAAGAAUGGAAUUGAGAUUGACAACAAAUUUGUUGUUCCUUACAAUUCAAAGUUAUUGUUGAAGUACAGAGCUCAUAUUAACUUGGAAUGGUGCAAUCAAAGCACAUCCGUCAAAUAUUUGUUCAAAUACAUCAACAAAGGAUAUGACAAAAUAACUGUUGCAAUUGUCAUGAAUGAAGAUGGAUCUGUUUCGCAACAUGACGCCGUUGAUGAAAUAAAGCAGUAUAUUGAUGUAGUCCUUGAUAAACCGAGCGUUACUGAGUCGAUGUUUACAUCUUGGUUUGAAGCAAACAAGAAAUACGACGAAGCGCGCCAACUAACGUAUAUCAAUUUCGUUUCGAAGAUGAUGCUAACACAUGUUAAAGGACCGAAAAGCUAUGAUGAAAUAAAGACAGUAAACAAUGUUAAGUACGAUACUAUCAGUGAUGCAUGUUUUGCUAUGGGAUUUAUUGGGGAUGAUCGAGAAUUCAUAUCUGCAAUAACAAAAGCAUUUCAUUGGGGUUCUGGACAUUAUUUGAGAUUACUUUUUGUUCACAUGUUAUUGUCAAGUAGCAUUAAUAGGCCUAAGCAUGUAUGGAGUAAAACUCGACAUUUGUUAUCUGAUGGAAUUCUUUAUUCUCAGCAAAGGAUUGCAAACAACAGAGGUCUGCAGCUAACAAAUGAAAAAAAUUCUCAAUCUAACAUUGAUUGA